CUCUGUGUGGCGGGUUGGGCUGGGUAUGAAGAAGCUUGCCCAAAUAGGGUGCCGUUUCAGUCCAGGUUACAUUCUUUCCCUUCUUCUUUUCCUCUGUCCAAAAACACUCCAAGUGACCGACUGACGGCGGCGGCGCUCGGUGGUGACGGCGGCGGCACUCUGUUCAGCGACCUGAUAUUGUAAAGAGAUAAGGAAAAUGGCGUUCAGAGGGAAAGAGAUGAUGAAGAAAGUUCUGAAGACGGUGGGAGAGAACGGUCUGAGUCGAAGAGAAAAGGAAUCGUUGGAGAGAUGCUUGCCUCGAAGCAAGAUUGUGAUGAAUCGCGCCAAACGCGGUCUCUUCGCCGGGAAACACAUUCAGUUUGGGAAUCGUGUCAGUGAAGAUGGCGGUAACAAGUCAAGGAGAACUUGGAAACCUAAUGUCCAGGAAAAACGGCUCUUUAGUUAUAUCCUAGAUCGUCACGUUCGUGUUAAAGUCACCACCCAUGCCCUACGAUGCAUAGACAAGGCAGGUGGGAUUGAUGAGUACUUGCUGAAAACUCCUUAUCACAAGAUGGACACUGAAAUGGGCAUCCUUUGGAAGGCUAAGAUUGAGAAGUUGUAUGAAGAGCUUGGCAAUAAGGAGGUUGUAUUCUUUUCACCCGAGGAUGAAGUGAAGUUUGAGCAGGAGUUUGAAGAUUUGAAACUAUCUGAAAGGGAAGCACGAAAGGAGGUAAGAAGAAAAAUGUACACUGGGAUGAGCAAGCAAAAGCUAAUUGAGGUAGAACGUAAAGAUGAUCAAUGUAUUGACGAGGGAGGCAAUAAAAUUGAGGGAGAAAUCUCGCAUGAUUCAUCAAAACAGGUGGUUCCUGUCUCGUAUGUCUUGGCUGCUGACAAGCUCAAAGUUGGAAGUGUUGUUUCUAAUUAAUUUAUGUUAUGGCAAUUGAUAAUGGCGGUGUAAGCUUUUUUAGCCCAGAGUAUGAAAAUCUUUUAUUUGAUUUUUGGAUCCAUGUUGGUUUCUUCACUCAGGUUUUUGUUCUAAUGCUUUAGACUUUGUGUAGUGAAAUGCAUAAUCUAUUAUGUCGAAAUAAUAAUACAGUUCUAUAUUUCUAGCGGGGGAUUGCAUUUCCCGAUGCCAA